GAGCAGCCCCAGCGUUAGCUAGCAAGUCGCCGCAGAAAUGGCCCGCUUGAAGCGUUAAAAGUGGCUCUUCAAGAUGUGAAACUCCGCCUGCGUUGUGUGAAGCAGCAGGGACUCAGACAAUCAUCGGUGGUGCAGCGGACGGUGGUGUUUUUUUUUCUUUUCUUCCCAAUAAAGGAUCAUGUGGUGGACCUGGCCCUUCCUUCCUGCUCUGGUGCUUCUCUCGGAGCUCUCUGUGGUGAGAGUCCAGACGGCACCGUGCCAGACCUGCCGAAAACUCACUGAGAGUUUCAUUACGGGCUUGGAGAGAACAGCCAACAAGAACUUUGGUGGAGGUAACACUGCCUGGGAGGAGGAGAAGCUGGCCAAGUAUGCACGCAGUGAGACUCGGCUCCUGGAGAUAGUAGAGGCUGCUUGUGAGAAAACAGAUUUUGAAUGUAAUCAGCUGCUGGAGCAGAUAGAGGACCAAGUGGAGACAUGGUGGUUCCACAGGCAGCAGGAAGCACCGGAUCUGUUUGAGUGGCUGUGCAUAGAGGAGCUGAGACUCUGCUGUCCACCUGGACGCUUUGGACCUGAUUGCAAAGAGUGUCCAUCAGGGCCCAGUGGUGUGUGUGGAGGACUGGGCCGCUGUGAGGGAGAAGGUACUCGCCUUGGCGAUGGAGAGUGUGUGUGCGAUCCCGGAUACUCGGGCAAUCUGUGCCAGAGCUGCGCUGAUGGUUACUACAGAGAGAAAAGGUCCAAUGACAGCACAGCAGCCUGUGCAGCGUGCUACCAUUCAUGUAAGAAGUGCUCAGGGCCACAGGACUACAAAUGCCUUGACUGCAAACCCGGCUGGAUCCUUCAUGACAACAAGUGUGUGGACAUUGAUGAGUGUGGUACAGAGCUGGCUCGCUGUCCUUCUAACACCUACUGUCACAACACAGAGGGAUCAUAUGAAUGCAGAGGCUGUGACCAGGCAUGUGUGGGCUGCAUGGGUAGUGGUCCUGCCCGCUGUAAGAAAUGUGCACGUGGCUACAGAUUGAAGGGAGCAAAGUGUCUUGAUAUAGAUGAAUGUAGUGAACGUGCAAUAGCAUGCCCAGGACUCAAUGAGGCCUGCAUCAACGAGGAGGGCUCCUUCCACUGUGACUGUGCCGAUGGAUUUAUUAGAAGAGAUAGCAUUUGUGUUGAGAAUAAGCCUCCUCCUGGCCCAGACAAGGGACUAUUUGACGACAUGACAGACGAUGAGGUCCUUGUGCUGCAGCAGAUGUUCUUUGGCGUUGUAAUCUGUGCUCUGGCGACGCUUGCUGCUAAGGGUGACAUGGUCUUCACAGCCAUUUUCAUCGGAGGUGUGGCUGCUAUGGCUGGAUACUGGCUGACAGAGAAGGGAGACUACAUGCUGGACGGAUUUCUGAAGGGACGCUAGACCGUCUGGGACCACGAUUCGAUAAGAGGAAGUUGGAAUACCAGCCAAUUACGGUGAAUGAGACUCAGUUUGGGGCAGGAAACUAUCUUUACAAAGCUAGCCUUUCAGGGAUUUUCUUUUGAUCGAAGAGUUACUUAAAAGGGCUCGGGUUUGUUAAUUUCUGUUUAUGAAUAGGAUAAUACAGGAAAAGGCAAGAACUUGAAGACUUUGAAGCUGAAAAUGUAAGAGGAUUAACAAAGCAACACUGCACUGAUAUAAAGGAACUGAACUUAAUCUCCCCUACCUCAACUUUGUUGGGAACAAGGGUGACAUAAAGACCACUACUGAUUGUGAAAAUCUAUUAUGCAUUUUGAUGUCUCAUCUGGCCUCUAUGUCGCUCAAGAAAAGAUGUCGUUUUCUUUCACACAAUGAAAACCUCCUGUUAUCAUGUCCAUCCACGUUUUUUUCACUAAUUUCCCCAUCAUUUGAAUGGUGCAUAAGUUUUGACUGUCAGGUUACUGCAACGCUUAAGCUUAUCGCUUAUAGGCAUGGGAUCAGAUGAAGAUAGCUGAAGAAUUUCCCAAAUCACCCUCCAACAGAGCACUCUGGGAUAUUUCCAUUAGGAACGACUGGUUGUUUAUCUUCACAGAAUGACUUUUUACCUCCUCCUCCUCCUCCUUGAAUGAUUCUUUUAAGUAAUAAUGCAUGAUAAUAGGAUUUGAAAUGAAAGGUACUGAACCGUAUGUAUUUAUUUAUUGUCUUAUUUUGGCAUGGAAGAUUAACUUUUAAUAGCUGCUGGAUCACCAGCGUUACUGCUUAGUGAGUGUGUGAGGGAAUGUGCUUUAGGUAAAUAGCAGCUCCGGUCUGGAUGAUGCAAAGCUAUUUUCUGUUGCCUUUUGUUUUGAAAGCACUAUUUGUUUGUUGAUGUUUAUCAUAUAUAUUUUUUUUCUUGACAUUUCCUCAUUUUUGUGUGCAUUAUCCAUGCAGAUUUCAAUCUGUUCAAUUGUAAUUCUAGCAGACAUAGUAGCAUCAUGUCGGGGAGCCACUGGAGCAUCACUUUCUUACCCGUCCAUCUAAUUUAUCUUUGAUUUUCCUUGUGUUGAAUGUUGUCCACAGAGUCCUGAUUCAUUAUAGAUGUUUGCUUUAGAAUAAAAAAAAAAUCUGCCACUCCUCA